AUGGUUUUAAAACAAAAUUCAGAAAAAGCCUUGAAAGACUUGGAAAAGAAGAUUAAAGGAUUAGAAUUAAGUAAAAAGAAAGCCAACGAUGAAAAUCAAUUGCUACUCUCCUUUUUAAUGAAUGAAUUAGGUAGUAAGGAUUUAGAUAAUUUAAGAAAAUUAUUAUCAGGACGAAAACUUACUGAGAUAUUAGUCGAAUUAGAUGAACGAAAAAACGACGUACAAAACUUAAAUUUUGAUUUAACAAUAAAAAGAGAGGAAUUAACAAACGUAAUUUCUCAAACUAAAUUUUUAGAGGAAAAGAUUAAAGAGCGAGAACAAGAAGUUAAAGACAAGCAAGAAACCAUUAUAGAUUUAGAAGAGAAGUUUAAAAAACAUGCAAAAUUAACCCAAGCCAGGAUUAAUGAUUUAGAAAAAACGAUUAGUGAACAUGAAGAAACCGCAGAAGUGCAAGAAAGAAAAAUUAAAGCCAUGCAAGAAAUUAUUAAUGUUUUAGAAGAAAAGAUUAUCAAACAGGACAAAGCCAAAGCAAAGAUUAAUGAUUUCGAGGAAACGAUUAGAGAAAAAGUAAAAGAAAUCAAAGCCAAGCAAGAAACUAUUACAGAUUUAGAAAAAAAUAUUAGGGAAGAAGCUAAAGUUUAUCAACUAACGAUUGGAGCACUUACAAAUAAUUAUAAUGAACUUUCCUUGUGUGAAAUUUAUAAAAAAGACCAACAAGCUAUUCUUGUUGAAUUGAAAUUUUUUUAUGUUUAUUUCCCAAAAGAAAUCAUUAUAGUUGGCACUGUUGAAAUUCUAUUUAUCCGUAAGCAAAACCGUCCUGAUGUGAAAGAUUCCAUGUUAAUGAAGUAA